AUGAAGAGCUUACGGCGAGACCUGUCUGCCAACCCGCAGGCUGCAAAUGUCACUAGCAAAGUUUUUGUGCGCUCCACAAAAAGUGGAAAGGUGCAAAAGAUUGUCCGCGAGCUCUACUUGAGAGAGGACAUUCCAUGUUCUUCAAAGAUCUGCUCACAAUGUCCCUCUAUUGCGCCCGCUGAUGCCAAUGGAAACAUUCCGCCGUUCGUUCUAUCUGAGCGCCCCGCGGGCACGACGGCAUUCCCGGGAGGUCACUAUCUGGUCCCCGAUACAAAUGCGCUGCUGAAUGGAAUGGAUCUCUUCGAACACACCGGGGCCUUUUAUGAUGUCAUUGUCCUCCAAACCGUCCUCGAGGAACUGAGAAACCGAUCGCUCCCACUCUACAACCGUCUUCUGGCCUUGAUCAAAUCAGACGAAAAACGCUUCUAUUUGUUCUUCAAUGAGUUCCGCCGCGAAACCCAUGUCCGAAGAGGCCCGGAGGAAACGAUCAACGACCGAAAUGAUCGUGCUGUGCGUUUGGUCGCAAGCUGGUACGGGUCUCACUUGCAACAAUCGGCAAAGAAGAGCAAGAAGGAGAAGUCAAUUCCGGCGAUUGUGGUGUUGACAGAUGACAAGGAGAACCUACGGAAGGCCAAGGCUGAAGAUAUCCACGCUUUGUCCUUGUCCGACUACGUUUCUGGGUUGGAGGGAUCAGAGAUGCUUUUGGACAUGAUCAGCGACUCAAAGGACGCGCGCGAUGCCAAAGAGGCAGCCCGGGGCGAUCUUUUCUACCCCGAAUACUUUUCCAUGUCCAAGCUCACAACUGGUUUGCGAGCCGGGACACUGCACCAAGGUGUAUUCAAUGUGUCCCCCUACAACUACUUGGAAGGCUCUGUCAAAACCUCGGCGUUCGACAAGCCGCUCCUCAUCCUGGGACGGGAUAACAGCAACCGCGCUAUCGCUGGUGACUCUGUCGUCGUGGAAAUCUUGCCCCAAGAUCAGUGGAAGACUCCCUCUACGAAAAUUGUUGAUGAAGAGGCUGUUACUCGCAAUGACAAUCCCGAUAGCGAGAAAACCGAAGCUGUAGUGACUGACAGAGAGCGAAAGGCUCUGCAGGAGGAAGUGAAGAAGGCCCAUGGCAAACAUUCAGAAGGAAAGCCGCAGCCAACCGCAAAGGUUGUUGGUGUUAUCAAGCGCAGCUGGCGCCAAUACGUCGGUCACGUCGACUCAAGCUCAGCCGGCUCACAGUCCUCAGGCCGGCGACAGCAAAAUGUGUUCUUGUUGCCCAUGGACAAGCGUAUUCCCAAGAUCAGAGUACGCACCAGACAGGCCAGCGAUCUUCUUGGCCAGCGCAUCCUUGUCACUAUCGAUGCCUGGGACCGGGAUUCGAGAUACCCCACCGGUCACUUUAUUCGUUCCCUCGGAGAGUUGGAAACCAAGGGUGCCGAGACCGAGGCACUUCUCCUUGAAUAUGAUGUGCAAUAUAAGCCAUUCCCCAAGUCUGUGCUAGACUGUCUUCCAGCUGAGGGACACGACUGGAAGGUACCUGCCUCCAAGGAAGACAAAGGAUGGAAUGGGCGGAGGGAUCUUCGUGACUUGCUCAUCUGCAGUAUUGAUCCCCCGGGUUGUCAGGACAUUGACGAUGCCCUCCAUGCUAGGCGACUACCGAAUGGAAACUUUGAAGUCGGUGUUCACAUUGCAGACGUGUCGCAUUUCGUGAAACCAAACAACCCUAUGGAUACCGAGGCCAGUGUUCGCGGAACUACGGUCUAUCUUGUUGACAAGCGUAUCGAUAUGCUUCCACAUCUUCUUGGUACUGACCUGUGCUCACUGAAGCCAUAUGUCGAGAGAUACGCCUUUUCCGUCCUGUGGGAGAUGACCCCUGAAGCUGAAAUCGUGUCCUCUGAUUUCACCAAGUCUGUCAUCCGCUCCCGAGAGGCUUUCAGUUACGAGCAAGCCCAAUUGCGCAUUGACGAUAAGUCAGCACAGGACGAACUGACUGACAGCAUGCGCAACCUUUUAAAGUUCUCCAAGGUUCUCCGUCAAAAGCGUAUGGACGCUGGUGCUUUGAACCUUGCUUCUCCAGAGGUCCGCAUCGAGACCGGUGAUGACGAAGGUGGUGAUCCUUUGACAGACGUCAAGACCAAGGCUAUGCUGGACACCAACAGCUUAGUCGAAGAGUUCAUGCUUCUCGCCAAUAUCACAGUCGGCACAAAGAUCUUCGAGUCCUUCUCGCAGACAGCCUUGCUGCGCCGACACGCUACUCCCCCACCGCAAAACUUCGAAGAUCUCACCAACCAACUGUCCAAGAAGCGGAACAUGGAGCUCGAUGUUUCGAGCUCCCGAGCUCUGGCUGACUCUCUGGACCGAUGCGUGGAUCCUAAGAACCCAUUCUUCAACACCCUGGUCCGUAUCCUGGCAACCCGUUGCAUGACCUCUGCAGAGUACUUCUGCGCAGGUGCCUUUGCCGAAUCCGAGUUCCGCCAUUACGGUCUCGCAUCGCCCAUCUACACCCACUUCACAUCUCCCAUUCGACGAUAUGCCGAUCUGAUGGUUCACCGUCAAUUGUCCUCUGCCAUUGGAUACGAAGGCGAAGAUGGACACGCUGUCAUCGAGGGUGUCUGCACUCGCAACAAGCUCGAAGACAUCUGCCGCAAUAUCAAUGUCCGUCACCGCAAUGCGCAAUUUGCCGGACGCGCCAGUAUCGAGUACUACGUGGGCCAGGCUCUCAAGGCACGCGGAGAGAAGAUGGCGGCCAACGGUGUCGAUGCUGGUAUCGAAGAAGAGGGAUACGUCAUGCGUGUAUUCGAGAACGGUGUUGUCAUCUUCGUUCCUCGCUUCGGUAUUGAAGGUGUCGUUCGUCUGGAGGACUUUGUCUUGCCCGGCGAGUCUGGAGCCCGCUCAGUGGCCGAGCGACGCGAGCUGGUGGCUCAUCGCACCACCGAAUUUGACAGUGAAGAGUACACUCUUCACGUUGAAGAGAAGGGCAGUUCAGCUAAGACACGGGGUGUGACGGUGGAGCUCUUCCAACGGGUUCGUGUCAACGUCAGCUCUGUCAAGGAAGAAGGCCGUGGCGCUGGCAAGAGAAGAGUGCGGAUUUUGAUUAUCGAGGCAUGA